CAGAUAUGUGGGUGCUAAUCGGCCACUACUGUGCAUAAGUGAGGUUAUGGUUGUGAAUUUUCUCUUAGAAUUUUCUAAAAUCCAUAUUUCUCGUAAAAUUGAAAACACCCAAAAAAAAUGACCGAAGUCGUCCAAAAGCGUUUGGAAUUAAUGACGGAAGAGUUGGAGGAAAUGAGACGUACAAAGCUGUUUACCAUUCAAGAAACUAUGAUUAUAUUUAAGAAAAGGAAACAACUUGAGCAUAAAAUUCACGCCUUAACCAAAGACUUGAAGAGUUAUCACGAUUACAUUAACUAUGAAAAGUGCUUGCUAAAAGAUGUUGCUUUGCGACGACGGAAAUUUAAAAUAGCCGAAAAGAGAAACAGUAUAGAUCAAAGGAUUAUAAAGAGAAUAAAGUCACUGUAUGACACCGCAUUGCAACGAUUUGGAGAUGAUCUAUCACUAUUUCUCGGUUUCCUAAAGUUUUGCAAAAAAGUAAAUUAUGUAAAUGCAGCUUCUGACGCAGUUGCUCACAUGAUCAAGACGCAUUCUGAUAAACCAGAAGUAUGGAAGAUUGCCGCCAAUUGGCAUAUGUACGAUCGUAAGGACAUAAAAACAUCACUAGUAAUGCUAUUAAAGGGUCUCGAGCUGCAUAAAGACAGUAGAAUACUAUACAUGGAAGUUCUCCUGAAUGAGGUAUACAAUGUGGAACACAACAAGGCUGACGAGAAUACCUCUGUAAAGAGAAUAAUGGGGGUUGUCGAUACAAUAUUUAACAAUAUACAAAGUCCCGAUUUUUAUGUUGAAAUUUUGGAAUUGCUCUCUGAUCAUGAUUACACGAUGGAUAUUCAAAAUUAUAUUAUCCAAACAAUGAUGGCGAAGCACUUUGAUAAUGAAAAUCUAUGGCACUCAUUAGGACAACGGGAAUUUCAGAGUGCACAGCCUGAAACAAAGUUAAAUAACUGCAUUGCAAAGUACAAGGAGGGACUGUUUAAAGUGACACCGAGCACAAAACCGAAAUUAUGGGUGUUAUAUUUAGACUUCUUAAUUCAUCUUCACGAAAACACAGAUUUUGGUGUGAGCACAAUUUUAAAAAUGGCCCUGCGUGAUGCAUCGGAGGACAAGUCAUUGUUGGAGCGGUUCUAUAUUGUAUGGUUAGAUUUGGUAAGCGAUGAACUUGAUCUUGCAAUACAAAUUUUGGAAAAAGGUACAUCCGAGUUUCCUUACUCUGUGGAGCUAUGGAAUCUGCUUCUCCACCAUUCUAUUUUAAAAAACGACUCGGAAAAGGUGUCUCAAGUGUUUAAGUUAGGUGUGAAACGCUUAAAAGACAAAUCUCUGCCUCUGUGGCAGACUGUUAUUCAAUAUUAUCGCAACGAGGACAGCGUUAGUGAGAUUUACGAAGAUGGUGUGGCACAACCAAAGGAAAUUUCAGAUGUGCUUAAGCCUCAAUAUAUAUAUUGGUUAGCGACAAAGAAGGGCACUGAAGUAGCUCGUCAGGUUUAUGCGAGAUUAUCAGUGAAUAGGCCAUACUGUUACAGUCUGCAUAAGGUGAUGUCCGAAAUCGAAUCUAAAGAAGAAAGUAAAAAUUUGAAAGCGUGGGAAAAGGUUCACGAAAUUGCUUGCAGUCAGUUUGGGAAAGAGGAUAUAGAUGUUUGGAUCAGUCGCAUACAUUUUUAUCUUCAUCACUACGUAGAACAGUCGCAAAGAGUUCAUUUGUUGUAUAAGCAAGCCCAACAAAACCUACCCAAGACGUUAGUUGUAGAUUUCCUUUCAUCAUAUUCACAGAUUAUGGACGAAUAAAUAUUAAUGUUUUAUCCAUUUUUUUUUACCAUUGUACUGCUACCUUAAUAAAAUAUAAUCCUGGUUAUAUGCAAAGUUAGCUAAUAAAUAUCCUAUAAUUGA